AUGGCGGGCCUCAUGCGAGAGACCCUGGCCCAGGAGGCACGAGACGACCUCGCAGCAAUAUUGGCGGAGACCGCCAAGUCCUCUAACCUCAAGGGGACGGUGGUCAAAGCCAUAAAAGAGGCCGUCAGGAAGGUGGAAGGAGCCGUCAAUUUCCUUCACCGUGGAGAGACGGCGACAGAGGCGGCGCGGCGGAUGUCGGAAGACAACCGCCGGAUGAGGGGGGCAGCUCGCUGCUCUGGAAACGGAGAUGAAGGCCCUGAGGGGGGCCUACUCCGCUGCUAUGGCCAAGGCCAAGGCACAGGUGGCCCCACCGCCGUGCAGCUCCGCGGAGAUGCACGCGGGAGUGAGGGAGGCCAUCGACGAUCUCAGGCGGGACAUCUUCUCCUCGAUGAGGAAUAUGAUCGACGCCCGCCUAGGGGACAUCGAAAGACGCCUCCCUGCGGAGUACCUGCGCCCCCCCCUGGGCGGCAGAACAGGGGCACCCCCGAGGCGACGCCUGCCGUCACCGCAGUCGCCCCGAGGUUGCUCCCCUCCGCCGCGGCCUCCGAGUCGACGCCGGGCCCCUCACUGGCUCGAAACGCGCCUGCCGGCCAGCGGCCCAGCAAGAAGGCCAAGAGGAAGGCUCCCCCGCGGAAGGUAGUCGGCCGCAAGGCCAGAAAGGCCAAAACGGCAGCUGCCGCCCCCCAAGCGGCACGGGCCCCCGCCAAGGCGGCCCCUAAGACGGCUCCCAGACCCAGGGCUCUCGCCACCCCAAGAUCAUCGGCGGUGGUGAUCACGCUGAGGCCCGAAGCGGUGGCGGAAAAGGGGGCCACUUACAAGGUGGUCCUUGAGGCGGCGACCGCUGCGGUCGACUUGGGCAGCCUCGGCAUCCCGCACGUGCGGGUGCGGAAUACCCAGACGGGUGCCCGCAUAGUCGAGGUGCCCGGGGCGACCAGCGCCGAGAAGGCCGACACCCUGGCGGCCAAGCUGGAGGAGGCGAUCGGGGGGCUGGCGACAGUAACGCGGCCUACCAAAACCGCCGAUCUAAGGGUCACCGGUUUUGACGAGUCAGUGACCCCGGAGAAGAUCCGGGCGGUGGUGGCCGCGAAGGGCCAAUGCCCCCAGUCCGCCGUGAGCGUGGGAGCCGUCAGACUGGCCCCCAACGGGAGGGGGUCAGCCCUCGUCCGCUGCCCGGUGACGGCAGCCCAACGGGUGGCGGCUGCCGGCCGCAUAUUGGUGGGGUGGUCCUCCGCCGGGGUCCAUGUGAUGGAGCCCCUCCCCAUGCGCUGCUUCAGGUGCAUGGGGAUUGGUCACACCAGAGCCCUCUGCCCGUCCAGUGUGGACAGGAGCGGGCUCUGCUUCAGGUGUGGCCAGGUGGGACACUCGGCCUCCGGGUGCACGGCGACCCCGCGGUGCUCGGUCUGCACCGCGGCUCGCCGUCCAGCGGACCACGUGAUGGGGGGGCGAUCUUGCGCUCCCUCCCCCACCAAGGGCAAGUCGGCGGGGACCACAGGCCCCCCCCUAUUGAGGGACAAAGUAUGGAGCAGUAAUGCCAGCACGCCACCAUAUUAUACUGCAGGGUAA